CGACCGAGCUUGAAACUAUGUGCGCCACCAUCGUGGACAGAGUUGCGGCGGCGGCGCUGGCAUGGUUCAACAAGAUGAUUCCUGCAAAGAAGCAUGCCGCGAACGAGCACACUGUCUUCAGUGCGAUAGUCGUGCAUGAAUCCUGGGACAGUGACGCCGUCGGCGGCUCUGAGCAGUUCCGCGUGGUUAGCGCGGGCACCGGAACGAAAUGCGUCGGCGUGAGCGGUCUCUGCCGCGAAGGCUUUGUCGUGGCCGAUAGCCAUGCCGAAACCAUUUGCCGACGGUCGUUCCUUCGGUAUUUGUAUCACGAAUUGAAGCACGCGCCAUCUGACUCGAUCUUCGACCUGCCACCACCAUCGUCGUCGUCGCCACGGGACGACGCGACUCCAUCGCAUCGCCGCCGACAUCUGAAGCCAUCGUGCCAGCUCUAUAUGUACGUCAGCGAAGCACCUUGCGGAGACGCGGCGUUGUACGAUCUCACGGCGGCAUCACUCGAAGUCAUCCACGAGGCCAAGGUCAAAAAGCAAAAGGUCGACCAUCGCUGCGAUAGUGGCGAUGUUGUCGCAACAGUGCCAUGCCGCACGACGGGGGCCAAAGAAGCGCAUUCGACGGCACAUUCCAAUGUCGUCGGCGUUGCCCGCGUCAAGUCGGGGCGGUCCGACAUCUUGCAAGCCAAUCGCACUAUGUCCAUGUCCUGUAGCGACAAACUGUGUCAGUGGAUGGUUUGCGGCUUGCAAGGCGCAUUGCUGUCGCGAUGGUUUGACCCAAUUGUCUUGCAUGGUGUCGUUGUGAGCCAGCCCGAAGACGCAGACCCCGCCAGCUUUCACGAUGCGCUCCGUCGGUGCGUGAGCCGCGGACGCAACUGCGCCACGUUUCCCACGUCAAGCCACCCCUUUCGCCUGUCCAAGUCGCCGACUCGUCCCAGCCCGUCUGGGUUGUCGCUCAACUGGGCGGCCGGCUGCCCGGACGACUCUGCCGUCGAGUACACCAUUGGAGCUCGCGGCGUCAAAAUGGGAGCCAAGAAAACUCUCGACGACUUUGCUGCCAAACAAAAAAUGAGCUCCCGACUCUGCCGUCGACGACUCGGUCGCCUCGCCUUCGACCUCGCAGCUGAAGAAACGUCCAAGCCCGGCGACGACAGUGCUGCACCUACCGCCCAACUUCCCUGCACCUACGACGACCUCAAGACCGCGCUGCAAACUGACUACUGCGCGUCCAAGAAAGCUCUUCGCGCCUUACCUGCGUUUCAAACUUGGAGAGGUAAUCCCGCCGAGUACAGCGCAUUCGCAUUGCCGUGACUUGCCUCCUUAACACGUCCUCGUUCAUUCUGCGGCCGCAACCACUGUCAAAGGCACACAGGGAUCAAAGCUCUUUAUAGCCACCCGUUUUGUUGUACAUGGAGGUCGCCCAUGGCGCAACAACCUUUGUUGAACCACAUAUUGAUGCAUUCACAUGUGCUCAGCGGCACCGCUUGGUCUCCGAUGGCCCACGUUAUCGGCGGUGUUUGGCUUCGACCGGUGACAUCGUCCAACGGUUCGAUGUUCCGCUGCAGCAGGUAGCCCUGUCCUCCUUGCACAGAUGCCCAUGCCAGUCAAAACGUUUUCUUGAGCUAGACAUGUCGUUUUCGCUGCUGAACUAGCACGGAGGCCAACGCAGGUCCUUCGAUAACUUCUGUUGCCUUGAUCGGGUCAUUGCCGCUCGUUUCGACGACAAUGCAUCGGUCGUAGUACUCUUGCACCGCGACGGCGUAGUCGACGAGGGCGCCUUCGACGAAAAUGUCCAGUGCCUCGGGGAACAUCCGACUGGCGGCGUCCGUGGUCGACGGGGGAUGCUGGAGAACAUACAAGAACGUGUCGAGUUUGCUGGCGACGGAAAGGUCCAAAAGCAGACUCGGACUGUCCGACAUGACGAGCUGGGCCGGUUUGUCCGCGACGGAAACGGGCGUUGACGGGGGCGCGCCGGCCAGAAAUGGCCGCAGCCCGUCGUGGCACAGACCAAGGACGUCCCUGCGACAGUACGUCAGGAGAAC